UUUUGUACCAAUAAAAAGUCAGUGCUUGUUGUGGUGCUCGUGUGAAUUGUUGAUAUUUUGCUUUCCACUUUCCCACUAAUUGCUGACUUGGUCUUCAUCACUCUCUAUUUGUCUAUUCAUGCACUCUUUCUCGAUUUCGUUUUAUUAGCACUCAUCUAAUUUUUUUUCUUUUUAUUUUUUGAUGAGUGUUGGUGUGUAAAAAUUCAGCUAGAUGGUUGGUUUGUGAUAAUUUGAUUCAUGAUCUUAGCCCUUCUCAGGUACAAUUUACAUGGAUAAUAAUCUUAUAUAUAAUGCUUCGUUUCUAGUUGAAGGAAGAUUAAUGUGAGAAACAUUUUCUUACCUUAUGAUGCAUAAAUAGUUUGAUUGAAUUACAAGAUGGUAAAGAUUCAUCAUAAUGGCCAUGGUAAAAAGGAUUCAUUGUAUGAAGAAUAUUCAGCAUCUCAAUUAAAAAAGUUGGUUAAAAACAUUAUCAAAUCUCAAAAUAGUAGUUUUUUAUUAAAGGGUUUAUUUUUCCUACUUGUUCAUGGAAACAAUAGAAUUCCAAAAUAUGUAGCAAGUGUUGAUGAUACUAAUGUAAUGGAGAAAUUGAAUUUAGGUGCAAUGAUGAAAAGUGAGAGUAUGGAAAAUAUAUUGAAUAGUUCUCUACUUCAUAAGUUUGGUGAUUUAGAAAGUAAUGAAAAUUUCAACAAUAUCAUAUCUUAUAACUCUAUUGAAAUGGAAACAGCAAUGAUGCAAAACAUUGGUUCUAUUUCUAAUACCAAGUCAAAUUGUUUUGGUUGUUUUUCUUCAACUUCUUUGAUUCUGCCUAAAGGAAUGCUCCGAUGCACUUGGAAACAAGGUAUCCCUCAUUUUGUAUUUUGUGGAGAUGAAAGUAAGGAAAUUUAUGUUGCAAAAUUGAGUAAGGUAGAGAAAAAAUAUGAUGAAGGUUUGGAUUAUAUUUAUUUGAUUCAUUUGAUCAAAGGUUGUCAAAAGGGUAGUGAGAUUUUUGACAAUGAUUUGCAAGUUGUUGGUAAGAUGAAUGUAUCAACAAUUUUCACUUUGUGCCAUGAUAAUAAUUCAACAAUAAUGGAAACACAUUUUGUGUUAUUUGGUGACAUUGAAAUUGAUGACAAAGAAAUUCACAAUUCAAGUCAUUCUCUUUGGAAGAAGAAAGUAGCAAAAGUGUUCAAAACUAGUCCAUCAUCAUCAAAACAAAUAAAGAAUUGUCCAAAUAAGUAUGAGCCACAAUCAUAUGGUAUAAAUGAUAUCAAUUUAUUAGAAAAAAAUGUUGCAGCAAAUUUUGAGGUUGCUGCUAUUGUUGUCAAAGAAAAACUUCCAUUUGAUGGAGUAGGAGGUUGGGGUGUGAAAUUUCUCAACAAAUUGCCUUGUGAAGAAAUUGAUGGUAGGAAAAAUGAGGAUUGCUCAAAUAGCAUGAACAUUAUUGUACCAAAAGGGGUUCAUGGUGGACCAAGAAAUGAAAAUGGUGGGCCAUCAAGUCUUAUAGAUAGAUGGAAAUGUGGUGGAUCUUGUGAUUGUGGUGGUUGGGAUGAGGGAUGUCCCUUGACUGUAUUUCAAAGAAGAUCUACCAAUUUGGAGAUUCUUUCUCACGUUCAUCAUAUGCUUGGAGAUUACAACCCACUUGAUAUUGUUACUCUGGAUUCAAGCAAUUUCAGCUCCAAAUUGAGGAUGGUGAAUAUCAAUAAUGGCUUAUAUUUUGUUCAUUUUCAACCUCCAUUAUCUGCAUUACAAUCUUUUUCCAUUGCUAUUGCGAUUAUUCAUUCGCAGAGUCCUUCUCUUCGGCUUUACACUGCACAGAAGCUAUGAUAAUCAAAUACACAAUUUGAUUAGAAAAUAUAAGUGGAUAUAUGAAUCGGGUUUUUCAUUUUUUUUUAUGGUUGUUCCUUUCAAUUAAUUAAUUCAUAGAAAAAAAAUUUGUUGAAGGGGGUGGAAUGUUAAGGGUUUGUUAUUGUGAUGAAAAUUUGGUAAAUCCUAGGUGAGAUUUAUGGUUGAUGAUGAAAAGAAAGUGUGAUUAGCCCUUAAUGUGAUCCUUAACUAUUUGAAUAAAGCAAUCGAAUAAUAAAUCACAAUACUUAAAUUUGAA